UGACUCGUAUAUUUUGCGACAGGACGUAAACGCGCCGGCUCGCUGCCGCCUUCACGGUUUAUCUUGAGAAAGAAAAAAAAAUAGGAAAAUAAAGCUUGUAUGCAUGUUGCUGGAAAUUUUAAAUAAUGUGAUGCAAUCCUCUGGACGUAUGCGAGUCAAACAGCCUUGAUAUUUUGUUUCGUUGUGGAGGAAGACGUCUCGGUGUUUCAUAGCCUUGUUCCAUUUUUAAAGAGAACCCCUGACUGACAGCAGAGGGAAGCGAGCACCCUGGAUCCCCUCCCCAUGAAGCUGACUGCCUCCCCUGAAGCAGCUUUCACAUCUGGAUCAAGGACUCCAGUGCACUUUGUUGGGCUCCUGUAGCCCAUCCAUGCCUGUGAUCCCCAUCCCACGGCGGGUGCGCAGUUUCCAUGGCCCCCACACCACCUGCAUGCACUCGGCCUGUGGGUCGGCACACACUUCCAAGCUAGUGCGGACUAAGUACAAUAACUUUGACCUGUACCUGCGCUCACGCUGCAUGUACAGCUUCCUCCGCUUCUUGCUCUACUUUGGCUGCAGCCUGCUGACCUCUCUGCUCUGGGUGUCGCUUUCUGCGCUCUUCUUCCUGCAGUACAUCAGCGUGCGUGUGCUCCUGCGCCUGCAAUACAAGCUGUCUGUCAUCCUGCUUUUGCUGGGGCACCGGCGACUGGACUUGGGUGUGCUUAAUGACCUGAUUAUAUACAGCAUGCAGAUCACCAUGUUUCUGGUGGGGGGACUCGGCUGGUGCUUAAUGGUGUUCGUGGAUAUGUAGCUCUGUCAUGAGAAACAUGAGAAAUGUGGCAUGUGAUGGGAAUGUUUUGCACUCAAAUACUCUGUUUUAUAUUUGACUCGGCUGUAGUCAGAAAGGCGCAAAAUCUCAUUUGGUUUAUUGUAGAUACGGUUAAAAUCCAAUAAGAAGCAUCAGAAGCAUUGAUGCGAUCUUUAAACCAGCCUGCGUGGCUUAAACAGUUAAAUAGUUGUUCUUUUAAAAAAUGUCAGUCCUGCAUACUUCAGAGAAGUUAGAAAUGUCAAAAAUGAGAGUGAGACUUGUGACUUUAUAUAAGUUAUUCUUGUAUUUUGUGCCAUUUGUAAACCGUCUUAAUGGACUUUAAAGGACAUCUCGUCUAGGAAUGUGUUUGUUUAAAGUCUGUUGCAUGGAGGAGUGACUUAACAGAUGACUGAUGUGCAUCGUGACUGUGGAUGCACGUCAGUGAUCUGUGCCACAAAAAAGUCAUGCUGGAGCACAAAGAGGAUGUCAUGAUACUGUGUAUGAAUCAGUGCAUUUAAAUGAUGUUGUGUAUAAAUAAAAAUACAAUGUAAAAUA